ACGUGCGCGACCCCGAUUAGGCGGCACGACGGACUGGACCCCGGCAACGGGACUUGAAGGAGAUCCGAAGAAAAAAAUAAAAGCAGCCUUGGCAUCCCUACGACUUUUCCGUCUUCUCCCUACGCGUACCGUCUUUGUCAAUCACCGUACAAUUACAAUGUCUUCCGCCGCGACUUUCUACGAUCUCCCCGCUCCUCUCGAUAAGAAGAAGCAGGAGUUCCCUCUCUCUGAUUUGAAGGGAAAGGUCGUGUUGGUUGUGAAUGUUGCAAGCAAGUGCGGGUUCACCCCGCAAUAUGAAGGUCUCGAGAAGAUCUACCAGCAGUACAAGGACAAGGAUUUCGCUAUCAUUGGAUUCCCUUGUAACCAGUUCGGUGCUCAGGAGCCCGGAAGCGAUGAGGAGAUCCAAUCCUUCUGUCAAUUGAACUACGGCGUUUCCUUCCCCGUUCUCGCCAAGGUCGACGUUAACGGCUCUACAUCGUCUCCUAUCUACGAGUGGUUGAAGAACCAGAAGUCUGGUUUCAUGGGUUUGACUAGGAUUAAGUGGAACUUCGAGAAGUUCUUGAUUGGUAAGGACGGAAAUGUUGUCGAGCGUUACUCUUCGUUGUCGAAGCCCGAGAGCAUCGCGGAAGAUAUUGAGAAGUUGCUUUAAGUUUCUUGUAUGAGGCUGUAUCGCGGGAGCGGAGCAUAGCUAGACAGGAUUGCGGAUUGCGAGAGGUUGGAACGGAGUUCUUGCACUCUAAAUACAAUAAACGAAAUAAUUCAU